ACGCCCCUCCACCCCUUGGCUUUUGCAGUCGGAGUCCAGCAGUUGACUGAGCGGAGCCGAGCAUCCGGUCCACCAUGUCAUCCGAGCCUCCCCCUCCGUCGCAGCCCCCCACCCACCAGGCUUCGGUUGGGCUGCUGGAGAACCCGAGGGGCCGAGAACGCUCACCAUCCCCGCUGCGAGGCAACGUGGUCCCCAGCCCGCUGCCCACCCGCAGGACGAGGACCUUCUCUGCGACCGUGCGAGCGUCACAAGGUCCUGUCUACAAAGGCGUCUGCAAAUGCUUCUGCCGGUCCAAGGGCCACGGCUUCAUCACCCCAGCUGAUGGCGGCCCCGACAUCUUCCUGCACAUCUCUGACGUGGAAGGAGAGUACGUCCCCAUGGAAGGCGACGAGGUUACCUAUAAGAUGUGCUCUAUCCCGCCCAAGAACGAGAAGCUGCAGGCCGUAGAGGUGGUUAUCACCCAUCUGGCCCCUGGCACCAAGCACGAGACCUGGUCCGGGCACGUGGUCAGCUCCUAGGACAUGCCAGUGCCCCUUCUCCUGGGCUCGUGGGGGACGCUGGGGAAGGUGGACGGGGAAGGCGGUGACAGCACCGAUGGACCUUUGGAACGGCUUGGCCCCUGCCCAGCCCUCUCUGGUGGAAGGGACGGGCUGGUGGGCUCUCAGCCCCCAGUGCAAACUCUGACUGUGAUAACCAUCUCUGACCAUCUGAAAAGCAUUAAAGGCAUGUGAAAAAGA